CCGCAGCGUGUGGGAGUCUGCCAGCCGGGCGCUACGGCUGCGGGGACACACGGCACGCGACCCCGGCUACCCUAGAGCCCGGGUCUCCGACCCCACGCUCUUGUCCAUUCCCGGCCCACUCUCUGUUCCGCGCUGCCCCUUAAAAGCUGGGGCCUGGACACAGGAAGCUGGCUGACAUUGCAGCCAAUGGCGUCGCGAAUGGUAGACCUGGUACCCAAUCAAAAGGCGCGGCUGCGGGGACGGGUGGGAACCACCCCGGACUCCAGGUGACUCCCUGGCAGGGAGGGGCAGUGUCUCCGUCAACUGAUAGGAUGCCCACUCGCUCCCGGGCGAAUUACAGAGGACUAAGCUGCCGGAGCGCGCGGGCAGUGCUGGCCGCAGAAUCCUUGUGUGCUGCAGUCGAGGAGAGCGAUGGAGGAGCAUCAGGAGGCUGGGAAGAAGAUCAAGCCUUCCUCCAUGUUGGUGGAUCUGCAAGGAGACAGCUCCUUACAGGUGGAGAUCUCUGACGCAGUGAGCGAGCGGGACAAGGUGAAAUUCACUGUUCAGACCAAGAGCUGCCUCCCUCACUUCGCCCAGACUGAGUUCUCAGUUGUGCGGCAGCACGAGGAGUUCAUCUGGCUGCACGACGCCUAUGUGGAAAACGAGGAGUACGCCGGCCUCAUUAUCCCCCCAGCCCCUCCAAGGCCAGACUUUGAGGCUUCCAGGGAAAAGCUACAGAAGUUGGGCGAGGGGGACAGUUCCAUCUCUCGGGAGGAGUUUGCCAAAAUGAAGCAGGAGCUAGAAGCGGAGUACCUGGCCAUCUUUAAGAAGACAGUUGCGAUGCAUGAAGUCUUUCUGCAGCGUCUGGCAGCCCAUCCCACCCUGCGUCGAGACCACAACUUCUUUGUCUUUUUGGAAUAUGGACAGGAUUUGAGUGUCCGAGGAAAGAACAGGAAGGAGCUCCUUGGGGGGUUUCUGCGGAAUAUUGUGAAAUCUGCAGAUGAAGCCCUCAUCACUGGCAUGUCAGGGCUCAAGGAAGUGGAUGACUUCUUUGAGCAUGAGAGGACCUUCCUGCUGGAGUACCAUACCCGUAUCCGAGAUGCCUGCCUGCGGGCCGACCGUGUCAUGCGCUCCCACAAGUGCCUGGCAGACGAUUAUAUCCCUAUCUCAGCUGCACUGAGCAGUCUGGGAACACAGGAAGUCAACCAGCUAAAGACGAGCUUCCUCAAACUGGCAGAGCUCUUUGAACGACUGAGGAAGCUGGAGGGCCGGGUGGCCUCUGACGAGGACCUGAAGCUGUCAGACAUGCUGAGAUACUACAUGCGAGACUCACAAGCAGCCAAGGACCUCCUGUAUCGGAGGCUGCGGGCACUGGCUGACUAUGAGAAUGCCAACAAGGCGCUGGACAGGGCGCGCACCAGGAACCGGGAGGUGCGGCCUGCGGAGAACCACCAGCAGCUAUGCUGCCAACGCUUUGAACGUCUCUCCGACUCUGCCAAGCAAGAGCUCAUGGACUUCAAGUCCCGCCGCGUUUCCUCUUUCCGCAAGAACCUCAUUGAGUUGGCAGAGCUGGAGCUCAAACAUGCCAAGCUGAGGGGCCUACCAGUCACACUCUGCCAGGGCAUUAUGAAGACCAGACCCUGGGGACACAAAGGAGCACACCCCCUGCAGCACCCUCAGCCCCUUCUCCAGUGGCAGUUGGCUCUCCAUGGAAAGGUGCAACACUCAGAACUUGGGACCCAGGAGCAGUCUCCAAGGUUUGCCCCACCCCCAUUAAACUCUGACAGAGACUGUAUGUUUAACAAUAAUCCCAAGUUCUCUACACCUAUUUCCCCAGCCAAGAAAAUGGGUCUACUCUUCUUUCCUCCCUCCCUGAGCUUAUCACAAGCUCCAAGGAGCUAAGGAACCAGCUCUAACUCCAGAGGCUCUAAUUUUUCAGUUCAGUGGAUUAGGGGAGGAAUAAAUCCUGCAUAUUACCAAUGCACCUCACCCAAGGGCCAGACCUCUUGGAUGCCUUUGCCUGCUGGGCAGGUAAAAGCCCAAAGUACAAGCUGGUGACAGCCCACAGCAACGCCAGCAGAAGACUCAGGGCACCAGCAGCACCCUCUUGGUUAAACACAGGGAGGUGGGGCUCAAGACACCUGGGUCUGAAGUCCUGGGCUCCACCUAGCUGGCCCCACCCUGAAUGGACUCCAGCCACAUCAACAGAAGGCCCAAAGGCUCAACUUGGCCUCUGACUCACAGCAGCCAUUGAACUUGGCCCUCAUAAAUGUGAGUCAGCCAUCCAGGGAAGGAGACAGGAAAGACCAAACAGAACCUUGAAGGUGGAGAAGUAGCUCAACAGGCAACCUGUGACCUGUAACAUCAGCCCAUACCCGGGCAGGCCUGAGCAGGGUAUCAGAGUGGUCCUUACUGCCCACCCAGGUGAAGCUACAGAAGCAACCAGCUCAGGCAUAAGCCACUUCUGCCUGAGGAACCCCUGCAACCAGCAGAGGACCCACCCUGGGCUCAGCCUCCCCCGUUUGAAACAGCCAACCUGUUGCUAACUGCAGCACCUAGAGAAGAGUGGUGACUGUCACAGGGAGUCUCAGCCAGUCAC